AUGAAAGCGUGUGACAAUGUUCCAAAAAAUGUAAGGAGCAAUAUUUUUGACAACUGUGAGGAUUCUAGUAAUUAUUUAAUAGAAAACAAUUUAAUUAGCAAAAUUAUUGCAUGUAGCAAUGCCAAAACAUAUCAAAAAAUGACAAAAGACGCGGACUAUACUGAUGGGUUUGUAUAUAAAUGA